GAUGGCUAUUUUUUUGAGUAUUUGAUUGAUUAAUAAGGCAGUGAGGGUUAAGCAAUUUAUAAAGGUGAAUAUAAAAAUGGAAAAAAAGCUGGUAGAUGGGAUAUAUAUUGGAGAUGCAUAAGGACUGAAUGGAAGAACCAUUAUAAGUAUAGUAACAAUACUGAAGAAAAAUUUCAAUAAAUGUAAUAAAAUAUGAUUCAUAAUUAAAGUGGAGGGGGAAAUUAUGAGGAAGGAGAGUCAAAAAAUGAUUUGGAAAAUUAUAAAAAUGGAUUUUGGGUUGAUUUUUGUGAUUUAUCUUCAUUGUAUUAAAAUUUGGAUUAUUUUUUAGUGGGAAUUAUAUCACAUAUUGUGGGGAAUAUAAAAAUGGGAAAAGGUUUGGUAAUUGGGAUAUCAUUUUGAGAAAUUAUUUUGAUAAAAAAGUUAAGAUGUAAUAAUAAGCUUUAAAAAUUAGCGGUGGAGGUUAAUAUUAUAAUCAAGAAGGUAAAUAUAAUUUAAAAAAUGGGAAAUGGAUUGAGUUGGAUGAUGGAUGUAGCUGGUAUGCGAUUGAAUUAUUUUUUAAGGAAUCAAGUUAUUUAUAGCGGUGAAUAUGAAUUUGGAAAAAAAAUUGGUUAUUGGGAAAUUUUUUAGAUUGAUUUGGGUAAAAAAGAAAAGAUGUAUUAAUAAGUUUUACUAACAAUUAUAGUGGCGGAGGUUGCUAUAUUAAUGAAGGAUAAAAUGACGGAUAGCAAAAUUAAAAACAUGGAAAUUGGAUUGAGGUCAAAGAGGACUUUCAUCAUUAGUAUUGCAUUUUUGAAAUUACUUUAAUUCUAGUUUUAAUUAAUCAACUUUUUCGGGUGAAUACUUAAAUGGCAAAAAAGUUGGUCUGGUAGUUGUAUGAUAAAAAAGAAAAAAUGUAUCAUAAGUGGUUUAAUUAAUAGGGGUGGUGGAUUGUAUAAUAAUUAGAGAGGAUAUCAAGGAUAGAAAAUUGGAUUGUGGAUUGAACCUUCCAAUGAAAAUAAGUAUAUUUUAGCAUAAUUAAAGUCAAAUCUAUUAUAAAGGCGAAUAUGAAAAUAGUAAAAAAGUUGAUAAAUGGGACACACUUCAAAAUGGAGCGAUAAUUAAUAUGAAUCUAUAUAAAGACAAUCAGCUUCUAAAUAAUUAUUUAUUCGAUAUUCUAAAUAGAAAAAUAGGAAAAUGGAUUGAAUGUGAAGGGUUUAAAUUUUACUUUUUUAUUUUAGGUGUAUAUAUUUUUAUGGUUCAUAUAAAAAAGGUAAAAGAGUUGGUUAAUGGCAAAUUUAUUCUAAAUGCUUGGAAAAAUUUGAAAAAAUGUAUUUAAUAUUGAUAAUAUAUCAGAGGCGGUGGAAUUUAUGAUGAAUAGGAAGGAGAAGAGAAUUGUAAAAAUGGAAAAUGGAUUGAAUUAAUUAGUGGAUAUAAUGAGUAUUAAUUUUGGAGUUUUCAUUUUUUUAUCUUAGUUCAAAUUAAAUAACUUACUCUGGUGAAUAUAUGAAUGGUAAAAAAGUAGGUAGAUGGGAUAUCUUUAGGAAAUUUCAAUAAAUGUAAUGAAAUGGUUUAUUAAAUUUCAAUUAAUAGUGGUUCACUAAAUGAGAACAAUUAAAAAGUUGGAUUAUGGAUUGAAGAAAUUAAGAAACCUGCUCCCUAAAAUACUUAAAUUACAACUCUAAUCUAUAAAGGCUAAUAUAAGAAUGAUCAAAAAGUUGGUAGAUGGGAUAUAUUUUGGAAAUAUGAUGGGAAUAUUGAAAAGAUGUAAUAAUAAGUACUUUAAUAAAUAGUGGUGGUGGAUAGUAUGGCCUUUCAUCAGGAAAUGGAGAAGAAAAAAUUGGGAAAUGGAUUGAGCUUAGUGAUUUAUUUCAUAAGUAUUGAAAUGUGAAUUAAAUUCAAAAUAGGAAUGAUUAAGUAAUUUAUGUUGGUGAAUAUAAAAAUGGUAAAAAAAUUGGAAUUUGGGAUGAAAUGAAAAGGGUAAACAGAUGGAAAUAAUUUAUAAAAAUGUAAAAUUAAGAUCAAAUUAAAUUAGGGGUUAAUCAAAAUAUCGAGAACAAUUAACCCAAAUAAAAAGAAAAUGAAGUGGAUGGAUGAAGAAUACCCA